AUGAGUCGAGCCCCUCUGCUGUCCACCCCUCUUCCCAGAGAAGACCUCGUCAUCUAUCUCUCGGUCUCGGCAUCGGCCCUGAGUUUCGUGCUUAUCCGAAGACCGAACGGCAUCGAACUUCCCAUCUUUUAUAUGAGCCAUGCAUUACAGGACGCCGAGCAACGGUACCCCCAACUUGAACAGCUGGCCUACGCCCUCGUCCUCUCUGCACGCAGGCUUCGGCCCUACUUCCAGGCUCACAGCAUCGACGUAUUAACCAAUCAACCCCUGCGGCAGUUCUUGCAUAAGCCAGAGACAUCAGGACAACUGAUCAGGUACCGCCCUCGGCCUUCCGAAAAAGGACAGGCCGUGGCCGAUUUCAUCUCGGAGUUCACACUUCCACCCAAGGACGGUCGACCAAUCGACCCUAUCCCAACACCACCUUCGACUGACAACCCGUUCGAUCACAAAAGCCCUCAUUGGACUUUAUACGUGGACGGCUCAUCCAAUUGGCAGGGCAGCGGCGCUGGCCUAGUCCUCAAAACUCCGGAUGACAGCACAAUCGAAUAUGCUAUCCUCUUCCAAUUCCGUGCUUCCAACAACGAGGCCGAAUACGAGGCACUCCUUGCAGGCCUUCGGCUUGCCCAAAGCUCAGGUGCUGAAUGGCUGAUGAUAUGUAGCAACUCCCAACUUGUCGUCAACCAGGUCAUCACCGAAUUCACAGCAAAAGAUGAAUCAAUGUCUGCCUAUCUCGUGCAGACCCGUCGAUUACUCAAACAGUUCAAAACCUACUACAUCCGCCAGGUCCCCAGAUCUGAGAACAGCCACGCCGAUGCUCUCUCUAGGCUCGCUUCGGCAAUCCACGACCGUGUCGACCGUCGCGUCCCCAUCGAAGUUCUCGCUCGAUGGAGCACGGCCGAAGCCGAUGUCAACACCGUCCGUCAGGAUCCUAGUUGGAUGGACCUGAUCCACGCCCACCUCACCGACGACACCCUACCAACUGACAAAACUGAGGCAAAGGUAGUACGACAACGAUCGGCUCGGUACCUUCUUUUGCAAGGCGUCCUCUAUCGACGCAGCUACUCCCUACUGUUGCUAAGAUGUGUCACACCACAACAGGGAGACUACAUCUUGCGCGAGAUACACGAGGGUGCGUGUGGUGAUCAUUCGGGAUCCCGAUCCUUGGCCUUCAAGGCCAUUCGGCAAGGCUAUUAUUGGCCAACUCUCCACGCUGACUCCACCCAGAUUGUGCAAAAGUGCGAUCCGUGCCAACAUUUCGGAUCUGUAUCGAAAGUUCCUGCCGAACCACUCACCCCGAUGGCUAGCCCAUGGCCAUUCGCCUAG